AACUCAUUCAAGAAAACGUUAAACCACUCUCCUCCUUUUGUAUAAUCAAACAAGGGAGAGAGAGAGAGAGAGAGAGAGAGAGAGAGAGAGAGAGAGUACAAUGGAGGAGAGGAAGAAGAAGAGAGGUGAGUGCAUGGAGAGGGCGAGGCCAUUCAUGGCGGUGGUGUUUCUGCAAGUGGGUCUUGCGGGAAUGGAUAUUCUCUCCAAAGCAGUUCUCAACAAAGGGAUGAGUAAUUACGUCCUCGUCGUCUACCGCCACGCCGUCGCCACCUUCAUCAUCGCCCCUUUCGCCUUCUACUUCGACAAGAAAGUGAGGACGAAGAUGACAAUGAGGAUCUUCAUACAGAUUACUCUUCUCGGCCUACUCGAGCCGGUGAUUGAUCAGAACUUGUACUAUCUCGGGAUGAAAUACACGACUGCCACCUUCGCAGCCGCCAUGUACAACGUCCUGCCCGCUAUAACAUUCGUUCUCGCCUAUAUCUUCAGACUCGAGAGAGUGAACCUACGGUGCAUCAGGAGUGCGGCUAAGAUCAUCGGGACAGCUGCCACGGUGGCUGGAGCCAUGAUGAUGACGCUCGUGAAGGGUCCGGUUCUCGACCUCUUCUGGACAAAGGGCCCGUCACCGCAACACGACGGAACAGAAGGGACCGAUAUACAUAGCGCGAUCAAAGGCGCUGUGUUGAUCACUAUAGGGUGCUUCAGCUACGCCUGUUUCAUGGUUCUACAGGCAAUCACGUUGAGAACUUACCCGGCCGAGCUCUCUCUCACGGCGUGGAUAUGCUUGAUGGGAACGAUCGAGGGAACGGCUCUGGCUCUCGUGAUGGAAAAAGGGCAUCCGGGCGCUUGGGCAAUCGGUUGGGACACCAAACUUCUUACGGCCACCUACAGUGGAAUCGUAUGUUCGGGACUUGCUUAUUACAUCGGAGGAGUCGUGAUGAAAGACAGAGGCCCAGUGUUCGUUACAGCCUUCAAUCCGCUCUGCAUGGUGAUUGUUGCAUUCAUUUCAUCCAUCAUCUUCGCCGAGCAGAUGUACCUCGGAAGGGUUCUCGGUGCAGUGGUUAUUUGUGCGGGAUUAUACUUUGUGAUAUGGGGUAAAGGCAAAGAUUACGAGUAUCCGAAUGAAGAAUCGGCACAACCGAAACUAGAAAUGAACGGUAAUAGUCUCGAUCACGAAGUCAUCGCGAUCAACGAACAAGAGAGAAAUGUCAACACUGAACAAGAACGAAGAAAAACAGUUACAGAAACAGUUUAACUUACAAAGUAUCAGAUACCAUUUUGCAUGGAGGAUUCACGGUGCGUAGAAGUUUCAUCUUUUGUCCAAUAAUGUUCCGGAGCAACUGUAGAGUCGAAUACUAACUGCCCUGAGAGAGGAGAAAUAACCAUCCAAGAGGAAUAGAUAGACAAAAAAAAAGGUGAUGAAACUAUUGGAUUCAUGCAAUACUCAAUGAAAUAAUUACUGCCCUUGAUUUGUUUUCCGUA